UGUAUUUCAUCAUCAGCCUCUUAAUGUCCCCACUGCUGGGGCCCAGGCCUUCCCUAUGGAUGGAAUAGGGAGAUUGGGCCAUGACCCACUACGCGGGCCCAGUGCGGAUUGGCGGGUGUUAACGACUGCAGAUGCAGCCCGGACCAACGGCUUAAGUGGUGAAGUUAGGACGCAAGUUAAGUAUUAUUGGCGAAAAAGAAAACCUCGUACUCACAGUUAUUUAGGUACCUAGUAAAUACAAGAUAUUUAUUUUAUCUUUGUUCUUUGAAAAUGGAACCUGUUGGAAGUAAUUCUAAUGAGAGUGAAACUGAAACAGGCGGUAACACUAACAACAGUGAUGAUCAGCCGACGCAGCCUCACAAGUUCGCGGUGUAUUUGGAAUUUCCGUUGCUACUUACAAUGCUGGGAAUCGCCAUAUCAGGUGCACCUACAAGUAACCUCUUAAUGUACCGUACAUGCCUGCAUUCCUUAAACCACACGGUGGAAGAGUGCCAGUCGUUCCUCCUUCCCGAAGCUAUAAAUCAUACCCAGGAGCUGGAAGAUGAGGUUCAGCACUACGCCACGUUCGUGACCACGGCGAGGACGGUGCUCCAGGCUGUGGUACCCGCUGUCAUGUCCCUGUUCAUCGGAGUGUGGUCGGAUAAGCAUGGCAGGAAACCGCUGGUGGUGUGGCCAGUAUUAGGACUGUUCAUAAGCAGUGGGUUGACGGUGAUAUACAGCAUGCUGCAGUCUCUCGGCCCUUGGUGGUUGGUAGCUGUUGUCCUGCCGUUCUCUCUGAGCGGUGGGUUCGCGGUCCUUUACAUCGGAUCUAUGUGCUACGCCAGUGAUACAAGCACUAUCGAAAACAGAACUGUUAGAAUUUUGUAUAUGGAAAUGGUAUACAUAAUAGCUUCUACUUUGGGAUCUUAUUCGAGCCCUUAUAUACUGAAGGGAGUAGGUGAUAUAACGUUUUUGCUGCUAAUGGAAACAACCCUGUACGCUUUCGCGUACGCAGUAACAGUUGUCUUCGUAAACGAAUCUUUGUUAACGGCUACCCCGGGCACAUUUCAUACAGUUCUGAACGUCGAUCACGUAAGAGAAUUCGUAAAAGUGUGUUUCAAGAGAAAACCGAACCAUGGAAGGGCCAUCACACUUCUAGUUGUAAUCGCAACAGGGCUAUUCGGUUUCCCCGUCUACGGGAUAUCGGGUCUUAUGUACCUGUACACAAGGAACAAACUUCAUUGGACCAUGAAAGAUUAUACGACUUAUAAGUCGAUCAGUACUGUCAUGUGGUUUCUUGGUUCCUUGUUGGCUAUAAGGGUGUUGCAACGAUAUUUUCGUAUAAGAGACAUCAUAUUCUCAUUGGUGGCAUAUAUGAGUGAUAGCGUUGAAUAUUUGAUCAAAGGGCUGGCGACAACCACUUGGCAUAUGUACUUAGGCUCAGUUGUAUCACUGUUCGGAACAACUUCCGGUACUUUUCUCCGGUCGUUUCUCUCGAAGAUCCUUCCUCAGACUGACAUCGCCAAGACAUUCGCCUUGAUGGGCGCAACGCAAGCGCUGUGCCCUCUCCUGGCGCCCAUAUUGUACAACACUUUGUACGUUUACACAAUCAAAACGUUCCCCGGAGCGUUCUUGGUACUCUCUUUUGGCAUCGGUAUCAUCAGUUUAUCUCUAUUGUCAAUUGUGCCCUGCCUUCAGAGAAGAGCCGGUGCUACAUAUCAAACAAUUAAUGAAGAUGAUGAGCAAGAAUAAAGCUGUUAAGUUUUUCUUGUUUUGGUCCAAGACAAAGCUCUAGUCAUUAGUACAUAUUCAUUAGUGGCGGGUGUUUAGUUUAGUUGAUGUAUGCAUUUUAAAUUUAUCGUUUUAUUUAAUCGAGUUCUAUAUUUAUGGUUAGAAAAUGGAUAAGUUUUAAGUGACCCUACCAGA